AAAAACUAGCUAAAACGACGUCGGAUUGGUCUUCUAAACUAAAACCCUAAGCCCGCGUCCUAAAACACUGUUCUCUUCCUGUUCUCUCCCUUUCUUCUUUUGCUGGUAGCCAUUUCCUGGUCAUUCUCUACCUUUACCCUGACAGCUAAGUCCAAAUGGAUCCUGAGUUGGAAGCCGCGAAAAGAAAUAUGAAAUCAAGCAUCACGUUGAUAGGCAUUGCUAAUGAGGCAGCGCUUGAAUUAGCCACAAAUGCUAGAGACAUACACGGUGCCAUUGAUAGAGCUUUUGUUGCUGCCUCUGCUCUUUCAAAGGAGAUUAUGGAGAAAGUGAACGGAGAUAAUGCUAUUUCAAAGCAGGCAGCUAUAAUUCAAAACCUUUCAGAAGAAUUCUUAGGAGAAUUGGAAAUGGCUAGGGCCUUACUAACAGUUGCACAAGAAGCCAUGGGAAACCAUAACUAUGUGGUGAAGGUGGCUAAAAUGGCAACUAAUAAAGCCUUUGUGACUAUAGCUGCAGCCCAUCUAGCAAUGGAAGCAAGCCCCCCGAGCCUACAUAAAGAAUCGAUGAAACAGGAGAUAAAUCAAAAAAUAUUGUUUUCAUUAGAUAACGUGCAAGCUAAAGCAAAGAGUGCUAUAUGGGAGACUUACAAUGCUACUAUUCUAUUGCUUCAAUCGGCCACUGAAGCUGCCGGCAUCACUAGAAAACUCUCAGGCGAUGUUGCUUUUUCAACCAUCAAUGGGUUUGAAAAGUAUGACGAUGCCGCUAGUGCUAUAACCUCAUUAGCUCGCCAUAAUACACCUACUUGUCACGUUCUCAUGUAUGUUAAAAGAAUUGCUAAUGAUAUGAUGAGACAAGUGGUAAUAGGAGAAGUAUGUCUUGUUGGUGCUGCCAGGACUGCAGCAGCUCUAGCAAGAGCUGCUGUAGAUACCACUCUGGUUGCUUUGUGUGCCGCUGCGGCUGACACCGCCAAUCAAGACGCCUACAACAUUGCAGAGGAUGCGUAUGAGGCUGCAUGUGCCGCAGCCUAUGAAGCUGAAAGGGAAGCAACAACAGCAGCAAAUCUCGCUCCUGCAUCAGCCGCCAUCGACAUAGGUGAAGCAUCCACAGCAGUCAAUAAUGCCUUGUUAGCAUUUGAAGCAGCCAAACGUGCCUAUCAACAAGACCAAGAAACCUAUGCUAAUGCCAUUGCCACCGCUAAUGCUCUCCAUGACAAUCCUGAUGUUGAUGCUGCUGCCAAGCAUGCCGCUGCCAAUUAUGCCAAUGCCGCUGCUGAUGCAGCCGAGAAUUCUACCACUGCCUUUAAGCUCGACAUGGCCACAAUGGAAGCAGCUGAAGCCUGUCUAAACAUCAUUGAAUUUGGACCAGCCGAGGUACCAGUGACCAGCAUCGCUGAUGCACUUCCCAUGAAUGUCAGCAGACGUGGUAGAAAUCUCUAUGGUAUCCAUUCGGCUCAGGGCUUUACAAAUUAUUGGAAUAGCAUUGAACAGAAAAUUUUGAGUAAGGGUUUCAAUGCAGAUAAUACAAAUAUAAGAAAUGCUAAGGGAUUGGUUGAUCAAGCCAUAAAACUUCUGGGUUUGGUCAGUACGAUUGCAGAAAAUGCCCAAUGGAUAGCUGAUUAUGUCUACAAGAACAGGGAUAUAGUUGGUUAGGUACGGGGCCAAUGUGGUUUUGUUAGUAUGAUACUUAUUUUAUUUUCUUCAGUUUGUCGGUGUAAGUAUUUUAGUAUGAAGCCAAGCUUAAGGUCAAAAGGGUCCAGUGUUGAAUUUCCUAAACCAAGCUUAAGGUCUUUUUCUCAUUAAUAUUUGAGAAAUGUCACACAAGUAUAAGAAAUGGAAACCUAUAUAAAUCACAUCAUUUUCA